AUGGUAUCAAGAAGGUCAAGACUUCAAGAUUGUUCUACACAUCAAACAAAAUCAGUUCAGAGCUGUGAUGGAGUAUCAGACAUAGACAGCUACAAAUCAAGCAGUACAGACAAUUUCUGUCUUAUAUCACCAUCCAAGAGAAACAGAGCUGAAAGUGUUCCCACAGGUCAACUAAGGUAAUCAAAACUCUUCUCCGUUGCUUUUAACCAUGACUGCUGCAGUUCAGUCACCAGGGCAUUUGAAGUAUCCAAAGUUAUUAAACAGCAGCCAAGUGUAAUCAAAGUCAUAGCUUACAAAAAUGGCACAAGAAAGAUUUUUGCUAAAGUUUCUGUGUCCUUAAUUAAGCCACUGCUGGAGGAGUGCUCUGAAAAGCUGAAUCUGAACAUGGCUGCACGAUGAGUGUUCUUGGCAGACAGCACUGAAGCACUAGAACCUAAAGACAUACCCCAUGAUGCCGACGUUUAUAUUUCAACUGGAGAGAUCUUUUUAUAUCCAUUAAAAAAAAUUUCGGACCAUCUGUCAUUAAUGAAGAAAGUAUCUUGAACAGUGAAUGGCCUGGUUCUGCAUAAUGGUGUCAAGCAAAAGAAAACCAAGCCUGUCAUUUCCAACUGCAUGUAGAAAAUUAUUGAGGACACCUCUGACAGAAUUUUAGUGUUUAAGAACUGCACAGGGCAGGAUAAAUAUGAGAUUAUUGCAUCACAAAAUCAAAUUGAAAAGGUGACCUUUGUUUAUGAGCAUGUUUGA